UAGAAAAAGAAAAAGAGAAAAAGUUUUCUCAUAAUGGGGACAUCUCCCCAUCGAAUUGAUCACUUCCUGGUCAUCUUCUUCACCUUUGUAGUUAUGGAGUCGUGCAUUUCUGGAGGAAGCUACAGCGUUGGGGUUUGCAAGGAGGAGGAGAAGCAAGCGUUGUUGUGCUUCAAGAAUGAGUCAAAAAUUCCAACGAAUUGGGUUCAUACUACAGAUUGCUGUAGUGAAUGGGAUGGUGUUGUGUGCGAUAAUGUAACUGGUCAUGUGAUUGAACUCCGUCCAGCACCUAAUCUCACAGUUAAUUCUUCUCAAGAAGGUCCUCAAUUUCCUGCUUGGCUACAAUCUCAAAGUCACAUUGGUCUUCUGGCAAUAUCUAAUGCUGAAAUACAGGAUGAGAUUCCAACUUGGUUUUGGAAUUUUUCUUCCAGUUUGGGAAUAAUUGAUGUUUCACACAACCAAUUGCGAGGUGAAAUUCGAAAUGCCUUAUUUUGGUUACCUAAAGAUAGUAUGCGAUUGGCUGUGUACUUGGGCUCUAACCAAUUUAGUGGACCCUUACCCCGUAUCCCAGUCCACAUGUCUGAGUUAGACUUAUCAAACAAUUUCUUCUCUGGAGAUGUCUCUUCCUUUUUAUGCCAUGUACAAAAUGCAUCAUAUGAACUUUCAAUACUUCUUUUGGGAGGAAAUGGUUUAUCUGGAUAUAUUCCUGAUUGUUGGAUGCACUGGCCAAACUUAGUAGUCAUAAAUGUGAACGAAAACCAACUGAUUGGAAGCAUGCCAAAUUCCACUGGGCUUUUGAAUAUUUUGGAAUCUCUGGACGCACAUAUGAACAUGCUUUCUGGCUAUUUUCCUCCAUCAUUGCAAAAGUGUACCCAUUUGUUGAAACUUGAUUUGGGUGAAAAUGGAUUCACAGGGAAGAUCCCAACAUGGGUAGGGACUAGUUUAUCAAAUUUGACAAUCCUCAGGCUCCGAUCAAACCAUUUUUUUGGUGAAUUACCCCCAAGUAUUUGCCAUCUCUCAUUUCUUCACUUGCUUGACCUUGCUGAUAAUAACUUCUUUGGUGGUAUACCUUUGUGCUUUCGUAAUCUCAGUGGAAUGAUCAACAUUGACACUAACAAGAAUGAGAUGCCUCAAUCAAUGAUUUUUGAGAUUUUUCAUGAAAGUGCUUUAGCUACAACCAAAGGGAAGGAGUAUAGCUUGGAUAUCACCAUUCUAAAGUUGUUUGCUAGCUUGGAUCUUUCGAGUAACAAAUUUUCAGGGAAAAUUUCAAUCGAAUUGACCAAUCUUGUGGGGUUGAGAUCAUUGAAUUUGUCAGGAAACAACCUGACUGGAAACAUCCCUAAGGAAAUGGGAAACAUGAAGUUGUUGGAAUCGCUUGAUCUUUCCAAAAAUAAGUUUUCAGGUGAAAUUCCCUUGAGUUUCUCAAGUUUGUCAGCUUUAGGUGUUUUGGACUUGUCUUAUAACAACCUAUCAGGAAAGAUACCUUCAGGGACUCAACUUCAAGGCUUUAAUGCUUCGUGUUACAUUGGCAACAACCUUUGCGGACUUCCUCUCCCAAAGAAUUGUAGUGUUGAUGAUGGUCAAAUUUCCAAGUAUGAAAAUGAAGGAGAUGAUGAUUCUGAUGAAGUGGACUGGUUUUAUGUUAGCAUGGCCAUAGGAUUUGCAGUGGGCUUUUGGGUAACUUGUGGAUCUUUGUUUCUUGUGAGGUCUUGGAGGAUUGCAUAUUUUCAGUUUUUAGAUAAUAAGUUCAACUCCAUUUUGGUGUGGGCACGUGUUUCAUAUAAUCAUAUGUUUAAUGUUAGUUUCUAGAUAGUAUUGUCUCAUGUUUAAUAUUUUGAUUUUAAAAAAAAUGUUUCUAGUGAUGUAGAUUGUAUUAGGCCCUGUUUGUUAAAUAAUCAGCCUAUCAAUCAAUUUUGGCUUAUUUGACCACUA